AUGCCACCACCACCUCCACGUCGGCCAGAAACAGCCUCAGCGGCGACGGCCGCUGCCAGUGCAGACAGCGGUUCCGGCGCCGGCGCCGCACGCAAAGAAGACAACAUCUACAUCCCCUCCUACAUCAGCAAACAGCCCUUCUACGUCAGCGGGCUCGACGACCAUGACGACUCCCUCCAACAUCAACGGCGUGCCGCCCAAGACGCCGAAAAUUUCACAUUCGAGAGGGGAGGCAAGAAGGCCGGCGCGGCCCGGACAAAAUGGGUGAAGGGCGCGUGCGAAAACUGCGGCGCCAUGGACCACAAGAAGAAGGAUUGUCUCGAGCGGCCCCGGAAAGUCGGCGCCAAGUUCACGGGGAAGGAUAUCCAGGCCGACCGGACCGCGCGGGAUGUGAAGUUGGGAUACGAAGCGAAACGUGAUGUUUGGGCGGCCUACGAUCCCAAGCAGUACAAGGAAGUGGUGGAGGAGUACAACUUGAUAGAGGAGGCAAGGAGAGCAUUACAAGGUCAAAAUGGCGAUAAGACGGACGGGAAAGAUGUGUACGAGGAGGGCUUCAAGUAUGCCGAGGAGUCGGAAUUGGGCAAGGACAAGACCGUCAAGCAAUCCAUGCGUAUCAGGGAAGACACGGCCAAGUACCUCCUGAACCUGGACCCCGAUUCGGCCAAAUAUAACCCGAAAAAGCGCGCCCUUGUCGAUGGCGGCGCGCUAGGCGACAAAUCCUCCCAGCUCUUUGCUGAAGAAAGCUUCCUCCGCGCGUCCGGCGAAGCCGCCGAGUUUGAAAAGGCCCAGAAAUACGCGUGGGAAGCGCAAGAAAAGACAGGAGAUACCUCAUUGCAUCUGCAGGCUAACCCCACCGCAGGGGCGCUGAUGCGAAAGAGAGAGAGCGAGGAGCGGGAGGCGAAACGAAGGAAGAGGGCGGAGAUGCUCGCGAGCCAGUACGGCGAGCAGCCCGUCGUACCGGAAGCGCUCAAGGUGGCCAUCACCGAGUCGGAGACGUUUGUCGAGUAUGACGAGGCGGGCCUGAUCAAGGGCGCACCAAGGAAGGCGGCCAAGUCUAAGUACGCAGAGGAUGUGCUCAUCAACAACCAUACGUCUGUUUGGGGCAGUUGGUGGUCUGACUUCAAGUGGGGUUAUGCAUGCUGCCACUCGUUUGUUAAGAAUAGCUAUUGCACCGGCGACACUGGGAAACAGUUGGCGAAACAGGCUGGUUCGUGGGAUAAACAUGGGACGGAAGGCGGCGAGGAUGGGAGUGGGCAAGACAGUUAA